AUGAAUAAAUUGAAGCAAGAAUUAAAUGUUUCCGUGAGCAGUACGCCUGUUGAUAGCGUACAUUCAAGAAAUGGUGCCGACCAGGCUUUGGAUCUUGUUGAUGGGGCGUAUGAACCAGAUGUAUUAGAAGAGAAAAAUGUCUUGAAGAAAAUUGAUUUCCAUAUCUUACCAUGGUUGUGUUCGAUGUACUUUUGUCAAUACCUAGAUAAGCAGGCAUUGUCAUACGCUGCUAUCAUGGGCAUUUUAGAAGAUUGUAAUUUGCAAGGUAGAGACUAUGCUUGGACCAGCUCUAUUUAUUACGCAGCGUAUUUGGUUGCAGCAUAUCCCCACAAUCGUUUGAUGCAGCAAUUCCCUGAAUGCAAAUAUGUUGCAUUUUUUGGUGUCCUCUGGGGUAUGACAUUGAUGUGUAUGGCCGCUUGUAAUUCUUUUGCGUCUCUUAUGGUUGUGAGGGCAUUAAUGGGCGUAUUUGAGGCUCCAACGACGGGGGGUUUAGUUUUGAUAACAUCGAAGUGGUAUAAAAGUAACGAACAGUCAUCCAGAACUGGCUUCUGGUUUGCUUCUGUUGGUGUCGCAUCUAUGUUAGGAUCCAUAUUGGCCUUUAGUGCUUAUAGGGGCGAAUUGCAGACACAUGUGAAGAUGCAUUCGUGGAAAAUUUUGUGUCUCGGUAUUGGGGCAUUUACAAUAUGCUGGGGCAUUUUGAUGUUUAUUUUUAUGGAUAACUCCAUAAUAACGGCCAGAUUUCUCAACAGAGAGGAAAAAAGAGUUGCCAUUGAAAGAUUGAGAACUAACAACCAAGGGAUUGGUACUAAAGUCUUCAAAUGGCCACAAUUUUGGGAGGCCAUUUUGGAUUAUAGAACUUGGAUGUAUUUCUGCUUAAUGGCUACAUCGCAAAUACCCGUGGCUGGUAUUCAAUCAUUUGCAUCACAGAUGUUAAAAUCUUAUGGAUGGGGGGUAGAUGUUUCAUUGCUAUUACAAACCUUACCAUCGGGGUUUCUCCAAAUUAUAAGCUCACUUGGUUUUGGCUACAUAGGAAGUAGAUAUAAGAACAAAAGCCUUGCUUGUUUUGGAGCUAUGAUUGUGUCGUUGUUCGGCAUGGCUCUUAUGAUUGGAUUGCAGGAUGUAUCUUCAUUAUACAAGAAAAGUGGACAACUAGUCGCCUACAUAAUUUUAGUCGGUAACAGUGCGACCCCAUUUGCAGUUAUAUGUGCAAUGGCAUCAUCGAAUGUGGCAGGACACACAAAGAAGACGACUACGAACGGUCUUCUCUUUCUGUCGAUGGCAUUUGCUUAUUUUAUUGGCCCUCAAGUAUUCGAUGAUGGACCAUACUAUCACAAGGCGAAGGUUGUUUCGUUGACUUUAUGGGCCGUUUGCUUGAUUCUAUGUAUAUUAAACGUCGCUCUCAAUAAAUGGGAAAAUACUAAUCGCGAUAAAUUUAUUGAGAAAAACAAUAUUGAAAAGGUUGAAAAUUCAGAAUUUAUGGAUUUAACGGAUAAAAAGAAUCCAUAUUUUAGAUACUCGUACUGA